UCAAAUACAAACAGAGAUCUGAUCGAGGCUGUCAGAUAAAAUCCAUCAAGUCAAACUGAGGUUUGGCGCCCAGACUUCUUCUCCGCUCAGCUGGCCUCUUCCCUCAAUCCGAUUAAAACGGCGGGAACAAAAGCGGCCAUUGAUGCAAUCACGAGACCAGAUUGAAGGAUCGAUGAAGGAGGCCAGCCUCCACCUCUGAGCCGGUUAGGGCGGAGCUGCAGACGGGCGGACCGGAGCGGGACUCGGGCUCACGCGCUCACACAGCAGACCCGCUCCAGGCGCGUGACGGUGCGGGCUCCGGUUCGAGCGUCAGGAUGCCGGGAGAUGGAUUCACCAUCAGAAGUCGCAUCAAGAAUCUGCUGCGAUCUCAGUCGAUCAGGAGCAAAAAGAAGAGCAGAGGAGACCUCCCCGGGAAGGUGACUCUGGAGAAGGUGCUGGGCAUCACAGCUUCAGGAAACAGCGCUCUGACCUGUGAUCCGAAGUCUGGACUCAUCGCCUAUCCUGCAGGGUGUGUGGUGGUCCUGCUGGACCCCAGGAACAACAGACAGAACCACAUCAUCAACACUUCCAGGAAAACCAUCACAGCUUUGGCCUUUUCUCCUGAUGGGAGGUAUCUGGUCACAGGAGAGAGCGGUCACCUGCCCGCCGUCAGGCUGUGGGACGUGGCGGAGCGCCGGCAUGUGGCGGAGCUCCAGAAGCACAAAUACGGCGUCUCCUGCGUGGCGUUUUCCCCCAACAACAAGUACAUCGUCAGUGUGGGAAACCAGCACGACAUGAUGGUCAACGUUUGGGCGUGGAAGAUGGACGUGGUGGUGGCGGCUAACAAAGUGUCCAGUAAGGUGACGGGCGUCUCCUUCUCCGAGGACAGGUCUUACUUUGUGACGGUCGGGAACAGACACGUCAAGUUCUGGUAUCUGGACCACUGCAAGGCCAGCAAGACCAGCGCCGCCGUGCCGCUGCUGGGACGCGUCGGGCUGCUCGGAGAACUGAGGAACAACUUCUUCUGUGACGUGGCUUGUGGGCGGGGCUCCAGCUGUGACUCCACCUUCUGCAUCACCAGCUCGGGGCUGCUGUGUGAGCUCAACAAGAGCAGGACGCUGGACAAGUGGGUGGACCUGCAGACCAGCAUGGCGCAGUCCAUCUCGCUGUCUGAGGACUCGCUGUUCUGCGGCUGCGCAGACGGCAUCGUGCGGGUCUUCAGUCCAGACCUGCGGUUUGUGGGGACGCUGCCGCGGCCGCACGCCCUCGGCGCCGACGUUUCCAGCCGUGCGUGUGCCACCAAAGCAGACUACCCAGAUGUCAUCGGCGUCGCCUACGACUCCGCCCACCGCUGGCUCAGCUGCGUGUACAACGACCACAGCCUGUACGUGUGGGACGUGAGAGACGUGCAGAGGGCGGGGAAGCUAAACUCCGCCCUCUUCCAUGCUGCAUGCGUCUGGGACCUGCAGAUGUUUCCAGAUGUUUCUGGAGAACCCCCCUCAGGUUUGUCCGAUUUGUCGGGUUCGUCUUCCGGCGGUUUCCUCACCUGCUCGGCGGACGGCACCGUCAGGCUGUGGUGCACUGAGGAGCGGACCCAAACCCACAAGAACUCCCAGAACUUCCUCAGCAAAGAUCUCUUGAGGAUAAUCUACACCAACAGAAGCACCGGCGCCGUCCUGGACCCGGAAUGUUCAGCAGACAAAAGUGAGCCCAGAAGCGGCAUCAGAACCAUCAGCGUCAGCCCGGACGGCAAACACCUGGCGUCUGGAGACCGCGGCGGGAUGCUCAGGAUCCACGACCUCAGCAGCCUGGAGGAGGUCAUGAAGGUGGAAGCCCACGACGCCGAGAUCCUCUGCCUGGAGUACAGUAAACCAGAAACAGGUCUGCAGCUGCUGGCCUCGGCGAGCCGGGACCGCCUCAUCCACAUCCUGGACGCCAGCAGCGGCUACAGUUUGGUGCAGACGCUCGACCAGCACUCCUCCUCCAUCACAGCCGUCCGCUUUGCAGUGAAUGAGAACAAAGUCAGCAUGAUCAGCUGCGGCGCCGACAAGAGCAUCUACUUCCACACGGCGCAGCAGACGGACAGAGGAACGGAGUUCCGGCGUUCCCACCACAUGGUGAGGAAAACCACGCUCUAUGACAUGUCUGUGGACGCCACCAGCAAGUACGCCGCCGUCGGCUGUCAGGACCGCUGCGUCAGGAUCUUCAACAUCAGCAGCGGCAAACAGAAGAAGGUCUAUAAAGGAUCCGUGAGUGAAGACGGGAUUCUGCUGAAGGUUCAGGUCGAUCCGUCGGGUCAGUACGUGGCCACCAGCUGCUCCGACAAAAACAUCAGCAUCUUCGAUUUCUACAGCGGCGAGUGCGUGGCCACGGCGUUCGGACACUCGGAAAUCGUCACAGGAAUGAAAUUCACAAAUGACUGCAAGUAUCUGAUCACCGUUUCUGGAGACAGCUGCAUCUUCAUGUGGCGGCUCGCUCCAGAGCUGACCUUCACCAUGAAGGAGAGGCUCCAUCAGCUCCAACGAAACCCCAACUCGCCGCCGUUCAGGUCGUCUGCACUCAGGCGGGAGGUCCACAGCGCUCCGGUUCUGGGCAGUCUGACCUCCAACCACCACCUGCAGGAAGAUGGAGAGGAGGUGGAAGACGGCAGCGACCACGACGACGGCUCUGGCAGCAGCUCCUCAGACAACAGCCACGAAGACGAAGAAUCAGGAUCCUGGGAUGAAGGGCAGAACCUGGAGACGGUGAGGUCUUCUCAUCCUGUAGCUCCUCCCCACGGUGGAGCCGGCGGUCAGGUGACUCCCGACGCGGCCAAGCGUCCGCGGCGGCGUUGGUCUCAUCGCAUCGGCUCCCUGGAACUGAUGGUGAAGUCCAUGCUGGACCUGCGACAGCUGGAGACCUUCGGUCCAAAGAAAACCACCAACUGGCUCGACAGAGACAAACCGAUCACCUCCAGCCUGCAGGACUCCAUGGAGCAGGUGGAGGAGAGGUCCCGGAGACGCUGGCGUUGGCUGUCCCCCCCUAGAGACGUCGCCGCCGCGCUCUUUCCAGAGGAAAGCGAGCUUUCGGACGGCGAGUACGCAGUGAGGGAGUGCCGCGACAGCUCCUCGGAGCGGGGACUCCUCAGCCAGAGCCAGGACGGCUGCAGCCCGGACAGCGCCUGUUCGCUCGGAUACGACAGCAGGGAGUCCAUCCCGGACUGCAGCCCGGACUGGGAGCCGCUCGGAAAGCCGGAGCCGAGUCGCUACUUAGAGUCUCGUAACCGCAGCAGCUCUGAGGAGGAAGAGGAGGAUGAGAAAGAGGAAAUGGCGGAAGCGGUGACGAGUUUGGACGAAGCUCUGAGGAGAGUCAACGCCGACCACGGUCAGCAGGACUUCCUGAAGGAGAACUACGAGACCCUGGGAGAAAGCUGCAGCAUUGAGCAGAACUGUGCCCAGAGGGUCAGUAUCUCCUCGCGCUUCCUGUCCAGAGGACGCCAUGACAGAAGAGUUCCUCUGUUUACCAAAAUGGCGGGAAAAGACCUCGACGCCAAACUCCCACUGCUGAGGGUCCAGACGACGAUGGAGGACGGUUCUGUGUCCGGCUGCAGAGCUGAGGGGGAGCCUGACGUCCCGGUUAAACUCAGAACCAGCAGGAAGUCGUCCGGAUCCCACCUCUGGAGAAGGUCCAGCCCGGCGUGGAAGGACUCGCUGAGCGUGGACUCCCCUUUGCAGAAGUCCCAUUCCGCUCAGAACCUGGCUUCAAACUCUCUGGGCUCCCCUGCGCCCCCUGGCGUCCAAAGGGAGUCACGCGUUAGACCUCAGCUGCUGUGGCUGUCUGCAGAUAACCUGAAGCCCCCCUUCCUCGUUUCCUCGCCGUCCUCCGGGUCUCCCGGCUCCCCCGGGUCGCCACAGCCCUGGGAGAGCCCCAAAUCCAGGAGCCCGCACUCCUACAUGAACCCCACCAUCAGCUCUCUGGCCAAAAGCAGCAGGUCGCUGUCUCUGGGCGAUGACCUCCAGUCCGUCUCGCCGCCGCACUCCCCGUGCUCCUGUGGGAGCAGGAGGAGGUCCUCCGGCGGCGACGUGGAGAUGGAGCCGCCGCUCUUCUCCUCCUCUCCUGUUACCGCCUCGGUUUCAUCGAUGCCGUCGCUCCUUCUGAGUCCUCCUCGGAGUCGACCUGCAGCCUCACCUGUCCGUCUGAACGCCCCGCCCUCUCGCAUCCCGCUCCUCAGCGCCGGACACCUCCACAAGAUGAAGCCGAGCUCCAGCUGGUGCGGCGCCGCUGUGGGCGGAGCCUCCAGCCCAGCGGACGCUGGCUACCAUGUUCCACCCUCACCUGAAAAACUCAAAGCGUGUUCCAGACAGCUGUCUUUGGGUCUGGAUCCGGUUUCUCCAAGUUCGCUGCCUGUACGGCAGAAAAGGUCGUCUCUACCUGAGAGGAGAGCGGGAGAUGAAAAACAGCGCCCUCUGGUGGCUGGAGAUGUCUUCAGCACAAACCCACAACCAGAUUCGGCCGUCUCCAUGGAAACCUGCAGGCGAACCGCCACAGAUCUUCAAAGCAGUCUGCAGAAGACGGUGGAGCUGUUUGCGAUGUUACCGCGCAGAAACCAGCGCCUCAGCGAGGAGCAGCAGGAGAUGAGAGAUGUCCUGACCGAAGCUCUGCUCUCGGUGAGAGCUCAGCUGGACUCCCUGCCUCUCCUAAACUCCCCCCAUGAGGGAGCUGAGGGGUAAAAGGUGAAGGAAAGAGAAGCUCCGCCCCCUCCACCUGCUCAGAAACGCUGCUGGAGAACUUCCUGUUACACAGACGAUGUGGUUUUUAGUUUUAUGCACUUUAACCUUUGAAAAGUCGCCUUUUUAAGCUUUCUCCUUCUGAAUUAAAGUGUCAAAAAGCACAAACACACAGUUCUAAACCAGAUCAAGUUUAUUUCAGUAAAAAGUUUGUAAUAUUUUACAGCAGGAAAUGAUGUCCGAACAGAUGCUUUCUGCCCUCUGAGGAGACUUCAUUCCUGAAAAUAAUUUCUCUUCCUGUAACUUUCCAUGAAAGACUGUGAAAUUAAUAUUGAUUAAUAUGUCUUUUCAAAACAUUUUGUAGAGUUUUAAACUUUUCUAAAAGUUGUUUUAUCGUCCUGUUGAAUAAUAAAAACGGAACAUUCCGGAUCAGAAAA